ACAUCAAAUCAUGAAAAAAAUGAUGAACAAAUUCAAUGACAAAUCACAUAAUAUAGAUGAUGAAAUCACCUACAAAACAUCACUCCAUUAUCACAAUAAACAAUAUGAUGAAAUUUACGAUAAUAGUGAUAUCGAUACAACGGAAAAUAUCGAUGAUAUGUACGAUAAUAAUGAACAUCAUGUGAAAAGUCGUUUAAUGCAACGCAGUUAUCUAAGUUCGCCUGAAGAUGAUGAUAUGAUUGGUGCGGGUUAUCAACAUCGUCGAAUUCCUUCAUUAUCAUCAAUGAAAAAUAUUGAAAAUGAUGACGACGAAUUUAGUGGUGCACGUGGUACAGCAGUUGAAGAUGAUAGUAACAGCAAACGCCAACAAACAAUGAAUAUUGACGACGACGAACAGACGCCACCAAUGUUUGCAUCGACUGGUCCAAAUAAUUCUGAAGAUGAUGGUGGUGAUAUCGUCGAGGAUGAUAUACGUGGCGUCUUCACGGCCUACUUUGAGCUAAUAAAUACAUAUAAAGGCGCCAAUAUACUUUCUAUAUGGGAUUCGAAUAGUUUUAGCAGCAGUUCGACAUCUCAACAACAGAGCAGCACAAUGAUGACACAAUCGACAUCCGUACCACAUCGACAUCGUGUAAAUGUAACAUUCUUUGAAGCAACAACCCAAUGCUUACCUUCAUCUGGAGUACCACGUGAAUAUAUUGUAUUCUGUGAGUUACAAGGUAGUGAUUUACGUGCAAUAUCUGUUGUACAUUGGUCUGAAGAGAACGAACUACGUGUAUGGAAUGCUUUAGGUUGGGGUACAUGGAGUGAUUGGUCAUCAUGUAGUGUCUCUUGUGGGAAUGGUAUCCAACAACGAUCACGUCUAUGUAGAAAAGAUGAAACAAAUGCGAACACAAAUGGUAAUAAAUAUUGUCCCGGACCAAAUAUUGAACAACGUUCAUGUAAUACAUUUAGUUGUCACUCAGCAGUGAAUCCACUGGCGUUAGAAGAUCGACGAUUCUUCCAUCCAUCACGAAGUCAAUGGGCGCGAGUACCAGAACGACCAAAUGCAUGGCAUUUACAACCAAAUGCAUACAUAUGGGUACCAGUAUCACAAGUAUUCCCAAUGACAUCUUCGCCACUAAAGUCUUCUUCAUAUGGAUCAUUUCCAAAAGAGUUUACAGUGUUUGUUACAUUACGUAUACAGAAUGACACCACAAUGGGAACAUUAUGGUCGCUACGUUCACGCCGUCAACAAGAUGCAUAUCUAUCGUUAGAAUUAGCAGGCACAUUGGGUGUGAAUCUAGUACAUGCAAAUGGCGCUAAUGGUACUGAUGUGGUUCGAAUACCAGCUAAUUUAGGUGAUGGAAUGUGGCACCGUCUAGCGUUAGGAAUUAAGGAUGAUAGUACUGUGAAUAGUUAUGUGGAUUGCCAAUGGCUACGGACUGAUAUCCUUAAAAAGGAUGCUUUGAAUACACCCGAAGAUGCAGAUUUAAUUAUUGGAUAUUUAUUUUCGGGUGAUUUGGAACAAUUGGUAAUAGUACCCGAUGCAGAUGUAGUAAAUCAACAAUGUUCAUCAAAUCGAACACCAAUAACAGAUCCCAGUUUAGAAUCACGUAUUCACACGCACAUCAAUAAAAAUUUAACCACAUCAAGCGUGAAACAUCCAAACACGUCAACAGCUCCACCAAAAACAGAAUUAGAAAUAAUUAUGGAAAAUAUCGAACAAGAAAAUGCGUAUUAUACAACAGACAAAUCAACCAAUCAACAACAAUAUAUUCAUUGGAAUAUUGUACCGAAAAAAUCAGCACCGCCGCAAAACAGUGACUUUAACAAUGUACUGACGACAGGAAUCGUUCCAACGAUCGUUACGAAAUCACGUAAUCAUAAUAAUCGCACGAAAUCAACAAAAAGACGAAUUCCACAUCAUCAUCAACAUAAGCGGAAUAAGAAAAAAUUACAUAAUUUACGAGAAAAUUCGUUUAAGGCUAACAAUAAUUCUGAUAUACAAUUUUAAGAGUAAUUUUUUAUUAUUAUAAUAAACUGCCAUUUUAUUCUGAGAGCCAGUAAUAGAUUUUAUAUCAUAUAGAAUUUGACCUUCCAAAUAGCCACUUUUAUCUUAUUUGGUUAAAAAUUUUGGC